AUGCAGCGGGCCGCGCUAUUUGGCGGCGGCGGCGACGCGCAGAUGGCGGCCGGGGACCUGGGCGAGCUGCUGGUCCCCUACAUGCCCACCAUCCGCGUGCCCAAGUCCGGGGACCGGGUCUACAAGACGGAGUGCGCCUUCUCCUACGACUCUCCCGAUUCAGAAGGAGGUCUCUAUGUGUGCAUGAACACGUUUCUGGGAUUUGGAAGGGAACACAUUGAAAGGCAUUACCGGAAAACAGGACAGUGUGUAUAUUUGCAUCUGAAACGACAUGUGAUAGAGAAGGUACCAGGGGCAUCUGGUGGAGCUUUACCAAAAAGGAGGAAUGCUAAGCUAUUUUUAGAUCUAGAGGCAAAUGGUGAUCUGAGCAGUGAUGACUUUGAAUAUGAAGAUGAAGCAAAACUCGUUAUAUUUCCUGAUCACUAUGAAAUCUCAUUACCAAACAUAGAAGAGUUACCAGCGCUGGUGACAAUAGCUUCUGAUGCACUUCUCAGUGCAAAAUCACCCUAUAGGAAGCAGGACCCUGACUCCUGGGAAGAAGAGCUACAGGCAUCUAAGCAUGCUAAAUCACUUGUGCAGUUGGACAAUGGUGUUAGAAUUCCCCCCAGUGGUUGGAAGUGCUCAAAAUGUGAUCUUCGGGAGAAUCUGUGGCUGAACCUGACAGAUGGUUCGGUGUUGUGCGGGAAGUGGUUCUUUGAUGGUAGUGGAGGGAAUGGCCACGCAAUGGAGCACUACAAGGAGACGGGUUAUCCCCUGGCAGUGAAGUUGGGAACCAUCACUCCUGAUGGAGCAGAUGUCUAUUCCUUUGAUGAAGAGGAGCCGGUGUUAGAUCCACAUAUAGCAAAGCAUCUGGCACACUUUGGGAUUGAUAUGCUGCAGAUGCAAGUGGCAGAGAAUGGUCUAAGAGAUAAUGAUAUAAAACCAAGAGUCUCUGAAUGGGAGGUGAUUCAGGAAGCUGGUAUGAAACUCAAGCCCGUGUAUGGCCCAGGGUAUACCGGCAUGAAGAACCUGGGAAAUAGCUGCUACCUCAAUGCUGUCAUGCAAGCCAUUUUCAGCAUCCCAGAGUUCCAGCGAGCGUAUGUGGGAAACCUUCCGAGAAUAUUCGACUACUCCCCACUUGAUCCAACACAAGAUUUCAACACCCAGAUGGCUAAACUGGGACAUGGCCUCCUUUCAGGCCAGUAUUCUAAACCACCCAUGAAAUCUGAGCUUAUUGAACAGGUGAUGAAAGAAGAACACAAGCCUCAACAAAAUGGAAUAUCUCCUCAGAUGUUUAAGGCUUUUAUAAGUAAAGACCACACAGAAUUUUCCUCUAAUAGACAACAAGAUGCACAGGAGUUUUUCCUUCAUCUUAUAAAUCUAGUGGAGAGGAAUCCUGUAGGUUCAGAAAACCCCAGUGAUGUUUUCCGUUUCCUGGUGGAAGAACGCACGCAGUGCUGCCAGUCCAGAAAAGUCCGCUACACGGAGAGGGUGGACUACAUCAUGCAGUUACCUGUUGCCAUGGAGGCAGCAACAAACAAAGAUGAAUUAAUUGCAUAUGAGCUGAAAAGGCGAGAAGCAGAAGCUGCAAGGAGAGCUCCACCAGAACUUGUCCGUGCCAAGAUCCCAUUUAGUGCGUGUUUGCAAGCCUUCUCUGAACCAAGCAAUGUAGAGGACUUCUGGAGCAGUGCCCUUCAAGCAAAAUCUGCAGGAGUUAAGACUUCUCGUUUUGCUUCGUUUCCUCAGUACUUGGUGGUGCAGAUAAAGAAGUUCACCUUUGGCCUUGACUGGAUACCCAAAAAGCUUGAUGUUUCAAUAGACAUGCCAGAUUUCCUAGAUAUCAACCACCUUCGAGCCAUGGGUCUCCAGCCAGGAGAAGAGGAACUUCCUGACAUUGCACCUCCCAUCAUCAUUCCUGAAGACCCAAAAGAUCGUAUGAUGAACCAUUUUGUGGAGUCUCUAGAUAUUGAUGAGUCUUCGGUUAUGCAACUGGCAGAGAUGGGUUUUCCUUUGGAAGCAUGUCGGAAAGCUGUGUACUAUACAGGCAACCUGGGUGCUGAAGUGGCUUUCAACUGGAUCAUUGCACAUAUGGAAGAGCCAGACUUUGCUGAACCAUUGGUUGUACCUGCGUUUGGAGGAGCUUCUUCCAGUGGUGUGGCUGGCUUUGGGGCUGUUGAAUUGGAUAAUCAACCUCCUGAAGAGAUGGUCUCCAUCAUCAUUUCCAUGGGCUUCCAAAGGAGCCUAGCAAUUCAAGCUCUGAAGGCAACAAACAGUAACUUGGAGCGUGCGCUGGAAUGGAUCUUCAGCCACCCUGAAUUAGAGGAGGAAGAUGGGGAGUCUGCUUUGAGCAUGAUGGAUUUGGAGAAUCAUACUAAUGCGAAUAUCCUUGCAGAGGCAAGAUCAGAGGGACCCAGGAUCAAAGAUGGGCCUGGAAGGUAUGAGCUGUUUGGGUUCAUCAGCCACAUGGGAACAUCCACAAUGAGUGGUCACUAUGUUUGCCAUCUCAAAAAAGAAGGAAGAUGGGUGAUCUACAAUGACCUUAGAGUCUGUGCCUCAGAACGACCUCCCAAAGACCUGGGCUAUAUUUAUUUUUACCACAGGAUACCAAGUUAAGCCUCAAAUGUAUUAUCUGGCCUUAAGAAGCCAUAAGCCUUUUAACCUGCCAAAAAAAAAAUCAUCCAAGGAAAAAAAUAAAUCAACAGAAGACCCCUAGCCCUGGGACUACCAAAAACAAAGGAAAACAUGGGAUGUUUAUAGUUAAUUUAAAAACAGUCAUUUGAUGCCUUCUUAAGUGUUAGAGGGAAAAUUUCUAUCAGGUGAUGUAUAGUACCUUGUUUUAAAUUUAUACACCGUGAAGGAUACCUUAAGACCAUGCAGAUUACUGGUGGAGUUUGCAGCUAGCAUGUGGAGAAAACAGAAGUUUCAGAAUGGGACAAAACCAAACCAGUUCAGCCCAAUUCCUGCGUCUUCAGUCCACGCAGCUGUUGAAGACCAUGAAGAGCCAUCUGCAUCUUUGGUAACUAGGAGCCACUGUUUUCAACCAUACUCCAGACAACUUAGGGAAACUAUGUCACGCUGAAAGUUGGAGGGAGGGGAUGUAUUCUACAAAGCAGAAUGUCUUAUUUGAGAUUAUUUUCAUUACAGUGAGAAAAGCCAGCUACAGUUGUAGCUGUUGGAAUUCAGUCUUACAGUGUUUUGGUUUGUGUUGUUGAUCCAUAAGCCUAAGAAAUCAAUGGAGAUGUCAGUGCCCUGUACGUUUCUGCCAAAGAGAGGAUUUUAUUUUUACAGAGGUAGGUUUCUCCAUCAUCUCUAGACUGUUUGUUUUGCAAGGUCUUCCAACAGAGUCAAGAUCACAGGUUGCUAAAAAAAGGCAGUUUUUCUGAACAUGAAAUUAAAUAGUGUGCUCUCAGGAAAAGUAAGCCUAUCAGUUUUUCUGUGUUUUUCUUAUGAAAGAGUUAAUGUCCCAUUCUUAUUUCUGAAAAAGACUGCGUGUCAAUCACUCACAUCCCAGCUGAAAUCAACUCCAUGACAAAGUACUUGCAGUGCAAUUAUUUCUGCUAAAGGUUGCAUAAAUAUUGAUUUCUAUCCAUAAGUGGGGGAAAACAGUAAAACUGUUGAUUUUAUUCAUUUGCUCUUCUUUCCCUCCCUCCUCCCUUUCAAAAACAAGAGCAAUACACACCUAGUUUGAGAUUGCUUGAAACUUGCAAACACGCCAAAUAAUGUUUUCUCAAACAGAUGCCUUCAAAAAAAGGGGUUUUUAAAUCUCUGGCAGGGAUGAAGGAGUGGGUAGGUAGGGGCUGGCCUUUCCUGCCCUUUUCUUUUGGUUUGAUUUUUGUUGUUGUUGUUUCGGUUUGCAUCACAGGCAAGAAUAUAUAUGUUGGUUUUUAAACUGUAACUUAAAACAUUUAUUCUAGAAAAAAAAUACAGUGGUGAAUGUGGUUCUUUUUGUGAUUCCAAAAAACUACCAAAGGUUCAUAUGUGUGUUAAACACUGCUUAGAGAUGGUUGAUGGAGUUGCCUCGUGUAACUUACUUGAGCCUUCAUAAUAAAUGGGAAGGGUCAAAAAAAACCAACUAACUUCCCUGCUGAGCUGUCACUGUUUCCUCUGUAGUGCCUGCAAAUUUAAUACCAAAAUUCAAGCUGCAGAAGAGAAUCCAAAUUAAAAAUGUGGUUAUGAGUAUUUUUUUCUAGGUUUUGGGGAAAAAGGUUUCUCCCUCAGAUCACAUGGCCUCGUGGAGAACUGAAAAAAAAUAUUUUGAGUCGGUUUCUGAUCUUGAAAGAUGAUGAAAAAAAUCCCAGUGUAGUAAUUCUGCAAAUUGGAAGUGGUGCCCAAUUGCUGGGGAAGCUUCCUCCCAGUUAAAGUGCUCCUGUUGACACACAAGAAUGAUGCUCCAGCACCUCAGUAAGUGGCUCUUAUGAGAUUCUGCUGCUUUGUAGUUAUUGUGGCACCAAUUCUGGACAAAAUCAAAUUUACCAGUAAUUUUUUUUCCUUCUUCAAGAUUUUGUGAGUAUUUGUGUGUAUCACCAGAAAAUGCCAGGUUUGAAAAUGGGAUCAGCAAAUUAUGCAGUGAAACAUCUUCUAUUUAAAGUGAAAGAACAAAACAUUCUUGUAUCUAUAUUUGUGCUUUUUCAUUCUGGCAGUGAAAAAGGACAAAAGGCUUUUUUUUUUUAAUGCCUAGUUAUAUCCCAAGAAACGUUCAACACAACAGCUUCCCUUUUGCCUCAUGAUCUUAAAGGGCUAUUUAUAAACUGCCAAGAGCUGGUAGCCAUUAUCUUUUAUUUAGAGACCCUGGGUAAGUAAAAGCUAACAGAGUUGUUACCAUGUUCAUUAUUAAACUGGAAUUAUGGCUGUUCUCACAGGAUUAAGGAUGGAGCUUGGAUUCUUGCAAACAAUUUGUCUUGUGCAUCCCGGAUCAGAAAUGGCUGCAGGACUGAUCCUGGUUUCAGUUAACAUAUGGGGCACACUGAAAGCUGGGGUUUAGGAAGCUGGCAGGUGAUAAAUGAUUUGGUAGAUGAAAGAGGAGAGCUGUUAUCUGGCUGUGACACAUGAAUGGUAGCAUCUCGGCUUCUGAAGUUCUCUUCAGCUGAGCACUCCUGUGUAGUGCCUUCCUAACCUAGCAAGUGGGUCAGCAGUGUGGGGAGCAAUUUAUGGGGAAGGCUUACAGUCCUGCUGAAAUGCAGCACUUGACAAUAUGUUCAGGUUCUCGGCUGUUUGAGGUUUUCUCUUAUUUCCCAAAGUAGUGGAUAGCCUCCUUUUCCAGAUGAACAGUUAAGUUGUUUCCAGUUUGUGCUAGGAUGUGUACCAGGAACAACAUGGUUUGGAGGAGCAGGAUGUGAACCCCUGACUCACCAGCAUAAUGGGGGAGAGAUGCAUUUAUUCAUUUUUAACCUCAGCUUGCAGAAGACACAAUCAGGCUGUAAGGAAUAGAUGACUAAAUUACGAAGCCAGGAUUGCUUUGCAAGCUAGAAUUUCUGUGCAGUUAAUUGUGUUGGGUCAGGUCUCCAUGCACAACUUGGGUGGUGACUGAUGUGGGAACUCUGUGUGUCUGGGUGCUGCAAUGGCUGCUGCAGGGAUGGGUGUGCUGAGAGCUGCUUCGUAGGAAAGCAUGGGGGAGGAACAAUCACUGUGAGCUGCUUGAGACAAUCUGACCUGAGAAUUAUGGCAAACCAGGACUUGGCAGCAAAUAGUGCUGAUAUUUUUUUAAUAGAUUUUUACCUUUCUAUAUGAAAAGUUUAGGUUGGGGCAUUAGAAAGGAGAGAAAGUCAACUUGGUUCUUUUAUUCCUAGCAGCAUGCAGGAUCCUGUACAGCCCUUAUUCUGAGUCACAAUCUCCAGUGUCCAAAACACAUGUAGACACUGAGUCCUUUUUAAUCUUCCUAGCCUGUAUACAAUUAAGAUAAAAAUUUAUUUAUUCAGUGCUAUGGUUUAAAAACAAGUCCAGAUAUUUCUGGACUCUUUCCACUUGUAGUUCUGUUGGGUUCAGGGGUGUUACUUCUGGCAGUGGUGUAACUGAAAUCAGAAUCAGCACAGUUUCUCUGUCUCAGGCAGCUUCCAUUGACUUGUGCACAUUGUGAAUACGGAUGCAGCUGGAGUUCACUGGGUUGUUUUAGAAGCAUCUCCAUUCCUUUUGUUUUCAAUCCUGGCAGCAGCCAUUUUUAUCUUUGCUGUUUUCACAUGUUGAAAGACUAUGCAAAAUAUGUAACUAGACGUCACUUUUUAUUCUUUUCCUAUAUCCCUUCCUACCUUGAUGGCUGAGAUCAGCUUCUGAUUUCUGUUCACUCUUAAGAGGUUUUACUGUUGUAUCCUGGAAGUAUCUGUGCUGGUUGACUUUGCACCAUUCGGCAUUGUUUGCUUGAAGCACUGUUAAUGUUUUUGAGAGUAUUUGAGAUGAGAAAGGUUGUGAAUGGUAUUGUUGCAACUG